GCAAUCAAACAGUUUAUUUGGCUGACAUAGCGGUACAUGUAGUUGGUGUCUCAAGAAAAUGUUGGAGUUCAAAAAAAGGAUACAUAAGUUGGCAACGCAUACGCUGCUUGCUUUAGUUCUGCUACAAGUGCUCAUCGAUCCCACCACAGCGGCGACAAAGUGCCACCAAUGCACCGGCAUUAACUGUCAACGCACAUCUUAUGCCGCCACGGAGGAUUGCGCUGAUGCGCUCGACAGUUGUGUGUCCGUCUUUCAAGGAUCUACGGUGCUAGCACAAGGCUGCUUUGGUCAAUUAGCCGUAGAGUUGCGUGACAAAUGCGAAAUGCCAAGCGCGGAACAAACCGACGAAGCUGAAGUGGUCGAUGCAAGUGACAGUGUACCCCUAUUUAACAGCGAGUGUCAUCAGUGUAGUGAAGAUUUGUGUAAUAAUGUAGGCAGUGAGGGUACCGACUGCAUAGAAUGUGACUCAAAUGAGGAUGCCAAAUGUGCAAGUGAUACGGACAAUCUGGAACCUCAAAGAUGUGCUAUCUCAAAAGCCAUGAAUACCUAUUGCUAUACUAAGAUCGAGGGGAAUCGUGCGACACGUGGUUGUGCCAUCGAUUUGGUGCAGCAAAAAGAAUGCUUGAGUAACAAUCGUUGCAGCCUUUGUUCACCUAGUGAUAUUGGUGGUUGCAAUCGUGAUCCUAAGGUGACAACAGAUGAUUCUGGCUCUGAUGGUUCGAGCUCUAGUGGUGGUGGCGGCAGUGGCUCCGAUAGUGGUUCAAGUUCUGGCGGGUCAGGUACUGGUGAUGGCGGGUCGAGUUCUGGCGGUGCCAAUGGUGGCUCAGAUAGUGGAACGGGCUCAGGUUCAGGUACAGGUGAUGGUGGAUCCAGUUCUGGUGGUUCGAGCUCUGGUGGUGACACCGGCGGCUCAAAUAGUGGAACGGGUUCAGGUACUGGUGAUGGUGGAUCGAACUCUGGCGGUGCCAAUGGUGGCUCGGAUAGUGGAGAUGGUUCAAGUACAGGCGGGGGUGACUCUAGUGGUAGUUCAGGAAAUGAGUCAAGCAAUAAUGGCUCUGGAUCUGGUACUUCAAAUAAACUAUUUGUAGGAGUCAUGAUAAUGAUAUUGCCAUAUUUUAUACAAUUUUAAUAAGAAUUAUAUCUAACAUAGUUUAAAAUCACAAAUGUUAAGAAGUAAACUAAUUAUUGUAAAUAAAUUCUUCUUCCACUUUUAA